UACUAACGUAAUAGUUUAAUUAUAUUUUAUUGUUUUUUUCUUAUCUUUGUGUCAAAGAGUAUCUUUGUGUUGAACAUUACCCUCAAUCAUUUUCAGUUUUGACCUUUGCAACUUUGGUUUACAACGCAAAGUUACCAGUCAUCAGGAUUAGUCUAAAUUUUAUUAUAAUAAAUAACUAAUACUGGAUUAUAAUGUUCUUCUCAUCUAAUUUAACAACUAAGGUUGCUAUACCAAAAGUAUUUACACAAUUAACGAGUGCAAAUAAUUUUCAUAGUAGUAGACUUAAAGGUAAAGUAGCUAUAAUUACAGCAUCUACUGAAGGUAUAGGUUACGCCAUUGCUAAAAGACUUGGUGAUGAAGGGGCAUCGAUAGUUAUAAGCAGUAGAAAGGAAGAAAAUGUUAAACAAGCAACAGCGAGUUUACGUGAAAGUGGUAUAAAUGUUGAAGGUGUUGUAUGCCAUGUAGGAAGCGCAGAUCAAAGAAAAAAACUUUUUGAUUUUGCAAAACAAAAAUAUGGAGGAAUUGAUAUUCUUGUUUCAAAUGCUGCUGUAAAUCCUGCUGUGUCGCCAAUACUUGACACUGAUGAAAAAGUUUGGGAUAAAAUAUUUGACGUCAAUGUAAAGUGUUCUUGGCUAUUAGCUAAAGAAGUUUAUCCAGAGUUGAUCAGGAGAGGAGGCGGAAACAUCGUGUUUAUUGCAUCUAUCGCUGGCUAUCAACCAAUGGAACCGUUAGGUCCUUACAGUGUCAGCAAAACCGCUCUUAUAGGAUUGUCUAAGGCAAUCGCAAAAGAAGUGGUCAACGAUAACAUCAGAGUCAACUGUGUUGCUCCCGGAGUUGUCGACACGAAGUUUGCUUCUGCGAUAACUUCCUCUGACAUGGCAAGAGACAAGACUUUAUCAAUAGUGCCGAUGAACAGAAUUGGGAAACCGUCAGAAAUAGCCGGAGCUGUCGCUUUUCUAGUGUCAGAGGAUGCCAGCUAUAUUACUGGAGAAACUCUUGUUGUAGCUGGAGGCACAUAUGCACAUCUCUAAGAUUAUUAUUUAAAAACAUAUAAUACUUGAGAUGCGGUGGUUUUUUUGUUAUGGUAGUAUUUUGGUGAAGAGAAAUACUAUAUAUAUAUAAUGUUUUAUUUAAUAAAAGAUCAAUAUUUUUACAA